AUGGCUGCAAUCAUUUGGGGAAACAGAGAGGUUGUGAGCCGACGUCGUCAAAUCACCAAAAGAGUGGCUGAACAUCCAGAGCUGCAGGAUCCAUAUAGCCAGGCGUUUAUGACGCGUACAGAGCACAUGGAUCAUGCAGCUAGAAAGGCCACAAACAUGCUCAAAGAUUUGGACGCUCUCGAUGUGAAUCCAGUGAAUAUGAACGAGAUGUACCAUUUAACGAAUGAAGUCAUCGGUAUAUCCGGUUAUCCACUGGCUCUUCAUGGUAUCAUGUUCAUUCCCACACUUCAAGCUCAAUGCGCCGACGAUCAGAUGCAUUGGCUGGAGAAAGCUAUGACGAAGCAGAUCAUCGGCACCUAUGCACAAACCGAACUAGGGCAU